AUGAAUCAACAAGAUUGUAUUAAUGAAAUAAAAAAUCUUCAAGAUUUUCAAAUGGAUAUACAAGGUUGGGCUGAUAUUGGUUAUAAUUUUCUCAUAUGUAAUUAUAAUGAUGAUCAACAACAAAUUUAUAGAGGUAGAGGAUGGAUAUAUCGUGGCGCACAUUGUCGCGAUUAUAAUUACGACUCUUUGGGUAACAAUGAAUUUCACUUUUUACUUUCUAGAACAAUGCCUUCUAGAUUAUUACCAUUUAGCUUUGAUCUAAUAUUUGUCUUCUUAAAAAUAAUUAGAAAUUUAGAUAAAAAUUGUUGA